AUGACUCAGCAAAAGAUAAAACAGCUGAAAGAGUUUCUAAAUAGGCAACUGGAGACCCUCCUUCAGCACUUCUCUGUGGAGGCACAUAAGAAUCUCGCUCUUCAAUGUCUGUCAGAGGUUGCAGCACGUAAUCCUGGGGACUUAUACAACAUGCGAUAUGUCAACAUGUACAGCGAAUUCAUCACGAUGUUGCAGGCAAUCCUUCCUUUGGAUACAGAUAUCCCUGCGGCAUAUUCAACUGGAACUAGUGAAGAUCAGGCAUAUAUGUUAUGUGGUUCUUCCUGGAACUUUAGGCUUCAGAUGUCCAACCGAGGGAUGAUUUUACAUAAACGAAUCCUAGAAUCUGCUCCCGAAAAUGUUCUUUUGUUACGUACCGGUCUGGAAUAUCUCACUCACAUAUCAUAUGUUGAUGACAAUGUAGUAUUUAAGGUUUGUUUGGCCUUUYGGGAUCCAUUAGUUUUGGAGUUGUGUGAGUCGCAUCAUCAUGCUGAGCACUCUGCACUGAUUACACGCCCGUUUGUAUUGAUGAUGAAUUACUUUCAAAAAUUUUGUGGCGGCACAGAGCGGCAAAAUAUGUAUUCUCAUAUAUUGUCAAGGUUAAGGAGGCUCAUGAUUAGUCGCAUGACUAAGCCUGAAGAAGCGCUAAUUGCUGAGGACGAAAAUGAGAACAUUGACCAUCUCGAGUAUAAGUUAGUGCGGAAGACAUUAAUCAACCUUUUAGACCUUGAUCCUGAUGAUACCGAACAACAGAUAYUGAGUAUGCUAAGCGAAGAGAUACGCCAACUGUCAAGCAAACUGAUAAGCACAGAGAUACGCCAACUGCUAAAAAAAGAGAACCGGCCUUGGGACAAUCUGAACACUUUAUGCUGUGCUAUUGGGUCUAUUUCUGGUUCCAUGGGAACAGAACAGGAAAACRGAUUUCUGGUGAGGGUCUUAAAAGAUCUGUGUAGUUUAUGUGCAAUUGCCAAGGACAACGACUAUAAAGCUGCUAUUGCAACUAACAUCAUGUAURUAGCUACUCGGUCUACAAGAUUCUUAAUGGGCAAUUGGACGAUUUUAAAAAUAAUAGUUCGUAGGCUGUUCGAGUAUAUGAACUAUCCUCAUCCCGGUCUAAAGGAUCUGGGUUGCGAGACAUUCAUAGYAAUUGCUCAGCAGUUGAAGUUCGAAUUUGUUUAUGUUCAGGUUGGUUGUAUGGUCCAGGCAGAACCAGAUCCUCAGAGGAAGGCUGAUUACCUCGAGAGGUUGAUGGAUUUCGCGAAUAAGGAAUGGCCACAGUUUAUAGCGCAAGCACGUCAGGGGGCAGAUGUUCUCAUGGUGCCAAAUAAUAUACGUUAUGUGCUUGGUGUCAUCCAGGCAAAUACGGUGGUUGCCACUUCACUAGGAAGUUCUUUCUUACACCAAUUUUCACGGAUCUUCUCGGAUAUGCUGGAAAUCUACAGAAUGUACAGUGAGCUCGUGCCAAACAACAUUGCUUUGAGGACAGAACUAAGGUCUGUGAAGAAGGCAAUCCUUAUUCUGAUAGAAACGUUUUUAGACAAAGCUGAAAACCUGCCAGGCAUUGUAGAACAAUUUGUUCUACCAAUGAUGGAUCCAGUAGUUAGUGACUAUGGAACAAAUGCUUGGRGUGGAAGGGAAUCAGAAGUUCUAUCACUCUUUGCGAUGUUAAUAAACAAGUACAAGGUUGUAAUGCAAGAUUUGGUGGCGCCUCAUAUUUUUGAAGCUGUUUUCCAGGGGCAGGGCGCUUUGGAGCUGAUUACUAUGAAUUUUGAAGCUGAUCCAGAGCACUGCCUCAAGUUUUUCGCGCAAAUGGAGAGAAAUAUCGCCGAAACUGGGCUUAACCUCUUGCUGGAGAUGCUGAAAAAGUUUCAGGUUGAGAGCGGUUCUCUGACGGAACCUUUGUGGGAUACUGCAACGGUACCUCAUCUGUAUCUAGACAAUGCCACUUUUGUCCGUGUAUCUACCAUCAAUCUUCUAAGCUCAUCAUUCCCUAACAUGACUACAUCAGAGGUGACCCAAAUUGUGGAUGGACUUUACGAUUCCAGGAGAGACCUAGGCAGGUUUAAGAAUCUCAUACGAGACUUUCUUAUACAGUCAAAGCAUUUUAGCUGA